UCAAGAUAUAGCGAGUCCUUUACAAAGCGCACCAGGCUGAAGCUAUCUGGUAUCAACAAUCUGCCCACUACUUUGACCCUAUACUUCAAUUACAACACAAUCCACGAAUCUCACGAUUCUCCCUUUCUAUACGGAACACUCCCUGAUUCCCUUCUGGAAAUUUCAAAGCUCACCUUAAUUAAUCCUUUCCACGAACCGUGGCCUUACCGUCAAUCGACAACUUAGCCAUCGGCGUAUGAGGGGCACCCUCAAGGUCGCCAUCUGUGUGAGCGAUGGCGGUGAAUAGGAUUAAAGGUGCCUUCGCACCACCCAAGAAGGGAGAAACAUACGAGUUGAGAGCUGGAUUAGUAUCUCAAUAUGCUUACGAGCGCAAAGAAGCAAUUCAAAAGACCAUCAUGUCCAUGACCCUGGGCAAAGAUGUGUCUGCGCUGUUUCCAGAUGUUUUAAAGAAUAUUGCUACAGCAGAUUUAGACCAGAAGAAGCUGGUGUAUUUGUAUUUAAUGAAUUAUGCCAAAUCGCAUCCCGACCUUUGUAUUCUAGCGGUCAAUACUUUCGUACAAGAUUCCGAAGAUCCAAAUCCACUGGUGCGAGCUCUUGCGAUUCGGACAAUGGGUUGUAUUCGAGUAGAUAAGAUGGUAGAUUAUAUGGAGGAACCACUGCGGAAAACGUUAAGGGAUGAAUCGCCAUACGUACGAAAGACUGCAGCAAUCUGUGUUGCGAAAUUGUUCGACCUUAAUCCUACAAUGUGUCUCGAGAACGGCUUCUUAGAAACUCUGCAAGAAUUGAUUGGAGAUCCUAACCCUAUGGUUGUGGCCAAUUCUGUAACGGCGCUCGUGGAAAUCAAUGAGACUGCGCCAGAGACAAAGGCUUUACGUAUCACAUCUGCGACAUUAAAGAAGAUGCUCAUGGCCUUGAACGAAUGUACCGAAUGGGGAAGAGUAACUAUUUUAUCUACUCUGGCAGAUUAUAAGGCUUCGGAUAUUAAGGAGUCAGAACAUAUUUGUGAAAGAGUAUCUCCUCAGUUUCAACACGUUAACCCAAGUGUUGUCUUGGCUGCCGUCAAAGUUGUUUUCCUCCAUAUGAAGAAUGUCAACGCGGAUUUGGGAAAGCAAUAUUUGAAAAAGAUGGCUCCACCUCUUGUAACUCUUGUUGCUUCCGCACCCGAAGUCCAAUAUGUUGCCUUGAGAAACAUAGAUCUUCUCUUGCAAGCAAAGCCAGAUAUUCUUAGUAAGGAGUUGAGAGUCUUCUUCUGCAAAUACAACGAUCCGCCUUAUGUAAAACUUCAGAAAUUGGAGAUUAUGGUACGGAUAGCGAACGACAAGAAUGUUGAUCAACUGUUAUCGGAGCUUAAAGAAUACGCUCUUGAAGUUGACAUGGAUUUUGUUCGAAGAGCAGUUAAGGCUAUUGGUCAAGCAGCCAUCAAAAUUGAGAGCGCAAGCGAAAAGUGUGUCAACACAUUACUUGACUUGAUUGCUACAAAGGUCAACUACGUUGUACAGGAGGCCAUUGUCGUUAUCAAAGACAUCUUUAGAAAAUACCCAGGAUACGAGGGUAUUAUUCCAACCUUGUGCAAGUAUAUCGACGAAUUAGAUGAGCCAAACGCGCGGGGAGCUUUAAUUUGGAUUGUUGGCGAGUAUGCCGAGAAGAUCAGCAAUGCAGAUGAAAUCCUUGCAGGAUUUGUUGAAGGUUUCAUGGAGGAAUUUACCCAAACUCAACUUCAAAUCUUGACAGCUGUUGUUAAGUUGUUUUUGAAGAAGCCAGAUAACAAUCAGGGACUCGUCCAAAAAGUUUUACAAGUAUCGACCGCCGAAAAUGAUAACCCGGAUAUUAGAGACAGAGCUUAUGUAUAUUGGCGUUUGUUGUCAGGUGAUCUUUCAAUAGCAAAGAACAUUAUUCUUUCCGAUAAGCCCCCUAUCACCACAACCAUGACAUCCCUUCCCCCAGCACUCCUCGAUCAACUUUUGACCGAACUCAGCACUCUCGCUUCUGUAUACCAUAAACCUCCUGAGACAUUUGUGGGCCAAGGUCGCUACGGCGCCGAUGCUAUCCAGCACGCCGCUAUUCAGGAACAACGUCAAAACGCCGUCGAAAAUCCAAUUGCAGCUGCCGUCGCCGCAGCCGCAAAUGGUGCUCCUGCUCAAAAUAACGCCGAGAAUCUCCUUGACAUUGAUUUUGAUGGUGCAGCUCCAGCAAGUGCAGAUGCACCUCCCAGUGCUGGAACCAGUGGAUUAGAAGGAUUGGCAGGCACGCCUCAAAGAGUAGAUAGUCCAGCCGCGGGUGCCAAUGCUGGUGGUAGUAUGGCAGAUAUGAUGGGCUUAUUUGAUGCUCCUGCUCCUGCUCCUGCUGCUGGCGGCAUGGGAAUGGGCGGCAUGGGGAAUGAUAUGAUGAAUGGUUUUGCAGGGCUAGAUUUGAGUGGUACUAGCCAACCUCCUAGUGCGCAAACGCAGUUACAGCAGGGUGGUGCGAAGAAAACAAACGAGGAUUUGUUAGGGAUGUUUUGAAUUUGAGGGAUGGGUAAUAAGCAGUGGGUGGGUGGUGUUGUGAAUGAAUCUAGAGGGAAUAGAUCAUUCGAUGCAACCAAUGGUUAGAGACUAGCAAAAUUAGUAUGUAUGUAUGUAUUCAAGGCAAUUCGAAGCAAUCCAGCAA